CUGCCAGUCCAGCCCCGGCCCCUAAGCGCCCUCCUCCAUGGCCUCCAGUAAAUAUGAGGCCGAUUGAUCGUUAGUGUGACCUCCCCGCCGCCGCGUGCCCCGUCAUGGCUGGCCUCAUCAAGAACCAGAUCCUCAAACACCUGUCCAAAUUUGCCAAGAAUCUUUCAUCAGACAGUGUUAAUGUCAGCACACUGAAGGGGGAGGGGGAGCUCACCAACCUAGAGCUCAAUGAAGCCGUACUCACAGACCUCUUGGAGCUGCCAACGUGGCUCAGGAUAACGAGGGCAUUGGUCAACAGGGUCAACCUCAAGAUACAAUGGACGAAGCUCAAGAGUGUUCCAAUUGCUAGCCUGGACGAGGUGCAGGUGGAAAUGGAGACCUGCAGUGAGCUACGGUCUCACUCGGUGUCCUCUGUGCUCCCGUCCUACAGCUCAGGGGGUCGCUAUGGCUUUGCUGAUAAGGUUAUUGAUGGCAUGACGGUCACUGUUAAUUCUGUGCUGAUAACCUUUCGCAGCCAUGCCUUCCAUGCCACUUUUCAGCUAUCCAGGAUUGUUCUGGACUCUAAAAAUCCCCUUUGGCAAAAAUCUGACUUAAGACAAACAAGGCUGAAGGAUGUGGACCGAGGCGAACUACUUAUAUUUAAAGAGCUCUCAUGGCAGACACUGCGCGUUGAGGCCAAGUCCACGUGUGAUCAGGCCCUGACACCACUGCGGCUCAUUACCAACCAGGCACGCUGCAGAAUCACCAUUAAAAAGAAACUGGGAGAUUGUUCGGUGGUUGGGUGUCGCCUAGUGCUGCUGAUGGAUGACCUCCUGUGGGUGCUGACAGACUCGCAGCUCACGGCAGCAUUUCACUUCAUUGACUCCCUCUCAGACCUGGUGCAAAGGGCAGCUCAGGAGUCACAGAAGACCAAGGCUGUGAGGAAGUUGGAGUCCCUCCCAGAGUUCCAGGCCCAGUUGACUCAGCAGGCUCAACAGGUGCGUGGGGGUGGAGCAACUCCGGCACGAGGGUCUUCAUCAGGCGUGAGCAGUGCCAGGCCCUCAGCGUCCCAGUCUCAUGUUGUUAAGGUGUUCAGCAAGUAUGAUGUGCCAGAGACCUCCUAUCAUUUCUAUUCAGAGAGAAUUGACCUCCACUUCUGUGAUGACCCCGGACCUGGGCGGUCCAGUCACCCAGACCUCUCAGGAGGGGCAGCUCUUCAGGUCACACUCACGCAGCUGGAAAUGGACUUCUAUCCUUACCACCUGGCUGCUGGGGACAGGACGCAUUGGGUCAAAUACUCUGUAGAUUGUGGGCCAGCAGUGUGGGCUCAUGCUGCCUUAGCACAGUUCAAGACACUCCUCACAGACACCCUCAACUCCAGCCGCUCCUCACACACCCCCUUGGCCCGUGCACCGCCCCACACUCGCCAUGACACUCCUCAUCAGGGCUCCAGUGGCCGGCCUGCAGCAACACCUCCUGGUGAAGGGGCAGCCCAGAGUAGUCCCUUCAAGGGAGUGGUGGCAAACCAGCUGAGGAAGCUUAUGUCCUCUUGCUGUGUUUUGCGGGUGAAUGAUUUCUGUGUUUAUCGAGUCUCUACAUCCAAAAGAAAGCAGACACCUAAGGAAUUUGUCUCAGCUGGACACAACAAAAAGCAACGGAAGAAGACAGGAGACCGAGGCAAGUUCAAGCUGCCCACACAGACGGCCAGCCUCCACCUGGAGUUUACUGUCUACUAUUAUCCAGCAGCGUCAGAUUUUCCAGUGCCUCCGCCAAAGCUGUACUUACAGUUGAACCCCGUACAAGUCACCUUUGACCCGUUGUCCAUCCUUUGGCUGAACUCCUUUGGGCGGAGUCUGCAACGGGCACUAGUGACUGAGCCAGCACCUCCACCCUCCUACCUGGAUGUGCACCUGGAGGCUGUCAUGCCCAAGGUCAUAGUAGAGGGAGUCGGGGAGCACAGCAACCAGCGAGACCGUCCACAAACCAUGCACAUUCAGGCUUCCCGUGUAAUUUUGUCCAAUGUGCGUCCAGCUGACCCCACCCUGCCUGGCUCCCUCGCCUCACUGGCCACUAGUUUAGAGGCAGCUCAGCAGGGAGAGUUGUUCUUUGCUUCCUCAUUUCCUGCAUCUCCUUCAGAUUUUCAGCCUAUAUGCCAUAAGUUUGUCAGGCAUGCAACAGCUGAAGACAAUGUAAGGACACCCCCAGUGACAGACAGUCCACUCUACGAGACCAUCUCAAAUAUGAAAAAGGAUGCUCUUUGGCUCCAAGCAAGGGACAUCCUAUUCUUACAUUGCGAGCCCCUCUGGGUGGAGUUCUUUGGGGUUCCAGCUGCACGCAGCAGACCUGUUCCUUUUGUGGAUGCUUUCCCAGUGUCACUCUGGAUCUAUAUCAAACCAAAGUCUAGUCUCACCGUUGCCACAAGAACUGCAAAUAGUGAAUCAAGUGAAGGAAGAGGCCCAAGAUUGGCUAAUGAAAGUGUUGAGGGGGUGUGGUGGGUCCUCUGGUACAACUGUGAAAAUGAAGGACAACCAAAACAUGGAUUUGUAGAGGGUCAGACACCAGAAGCAGCUGUACAUAUGUUUGUUCAUGUACCAAGUCUAGUCAGUGCCCAGUUGAACCAUUAUCAGUACCUGUUUUUAAUGCGUCAGUUAGAUGUGAUUACAGAGCUCACUUCAUACCUCACCCACGAUACCAUAAACAUACUAACACACCCACAAAUGGCUGGCGUUGCCUUGGCGGAGAACCUGGGAGACACUCUGGUGCUGGCAGCUGUGAUUCCUCAGGUAGAUGUCCUGGUGAUGCCUCCACCUCAUCCCAGCAAGGACUCCAUGGCAGGGGACAUGGAGAGCUUCCUUCCAGAUUCCUCUUCCACAGCUGACCUUCACGACUUGGGCUCUCCCAGCUGUGAAGUAAGGAACUCUGCUUCAGAACACAGCAUAGUGCAGAGGGUGAAUGAAGCAGAUGCUUGCUCUGUCACGAGUGAUAUCACAAAGUCUUAUAGUGUGGAUCAGUUGACUUCUCCCCAGCCAAAGCUGGUUUCUACCUCCAUCACCAGGCAACCUUCCAACCCAGCCAAUGGUAACAUUACCCAGCCAGUCAGCCAACAGUCCCCAGCCAGCACAGGUAUGCAACACUCCCCCUCUGCUGCUGUCAAGCAUGCAGCCAGUAGACAGCUCUCCAGUAGUCUGACCAACCUGCCUCGUAGCACCAAAAGCAGCAGCCAUUCACCCCAUGCAGACCCCACCAAUGUCAAUGGUCCCAUGAUGCAACUUAACCUCCAUGGUAACCUCAAUGCUGGUUUCACCUCUAUGCGUAAAGGCCUUACUAGUGGUUUCACCAACCUCAUGUCCACCCUUGAAUCAGCAGUGAAAACCAGCCCUGAAGACAUGAGUGACACCCUUUCAGUUCGUAGUGAUCUUAGUUCUGACAGUGACAACUUUAUUAUGAUCAACAUAGAGACUGAGCGAACAGACAGUGGGCUUGGGGGAAUGGAUGCCUUGUUCCGGGUGGACAACAGACCUGCAAUGUCAGUGGAGGUUGCCUCGGAAGUGUUUGAGGAGCCAACACCAAGCGAGGUGUCUGACGUGACCAGUUCGUUCAGGAGGAAAGAUGUGAUAUCAGUUGUGACAUUCAAGAUGAGUCGAGUCCAGGUGGUGCAGGAGUCCCGGGGCUACGAGUCCACGGUGAAGGUGCAGUGCUGCCAGCUGCUGUGUGAGGAGUGCAACAACAUGGGCUACGAUGAAUUCCAGAAACGUCCAGGUUGCAAUGAUGGUCGUCAGAGUAAAUUCAGCAGCAGAUGUCGAGGGUGGUCAGAGUCCAUGGAGGCCAGUGAACCGUGUUGCCUUAAACUGCGGCUGGACACACACGCUGAGACCUUGACAGAGGAGCAGGAGCCGCCUCGGGGCAUCUCUGGAGCCCCCCUGCCUAUGUUGAUCAAGCCCUUCCUCAACGGUGAGGUGGCAGACCUGAACAUGACACUCCUGAUGAGCACUGUGACCAGUCUGGUGGACCUCAUUGAGGAUGAAGUAGUGCCUGAACCAUUACCAAUGGAAAUAAAGAUAGAACGUCUUGGACUGAGACUGACGGAAGACAGGGUGCCGGCAAACAUCACGUCUCCAGGGUCCAUUCCCACGGAGGUUUGGCUCCCAAAGCUGCUGGUGACGAGGAGUCCUGAGGGAGUCUUUACUCUCCUGCCUCAGAAGGAAGAGGACAAGGAGUUGCUUUUGAUAAAAAAGGAGCGAGACGAGUUGCAGGAGGACCUGAGACAGAUGAGGCAUCAGAUGAACCAGGUGUUAGCAGAGAAUCGCUCCCUUCAGAUGGCUCUUACUAAGAUGAAGGAAGAGAAGGAACGGGACAGGUCCUCCAGAGGUUUCUCACUUCCCAAGUUUCCCCUCCCAUAAAACCGCCCAGAGCCUAAAAGGAAGUGCAUGAUGAUGGUCAUUAUUGAGCCUCAUCACACCAUGACCUCCCAUCCUGCAAGAUGGUGCCAGCAGCUCUACCACAGAUGAGUAACUUAUUGUGAUAAAGUAACCUCAUGAAAUGGCCAGUUUUUACUUAAGGUUGAGUAUUUUUAGUAUUUGACAUAAUGUGUAUUCUUAGGACAAAUAUUUUCAUAUUAUUUAUUCUCUUCUAAUAGUUAUCUUAACAUUGUUGGCUGGAUGUGUCAAAGCUACACCAGACUGUCUGAUGCAGGCCAGACCAGUAUUACAUUCAGUACAACUCAGCCUCUUGUCCGUUAGUAAGGGUGGGACUAUGCUUUGACCAUAAUGAAGACUUACUAUGAGUUAUGCUGCAUUUUCUUGUUGCAUGAAUGCAGAUUUUUUUAUUUAUUUUUUUAUUCAAAAGAGAAUUUGAAGAAUAAUUAAAUGAUUAUUUUUCUGGGGUAAAUUUGAUAUGCUUUUUUAUUGUUGUUGUUGUUGUUGUUGACAAUAGUGAAUAUUCAUAUAAAGGUUAUGCUUAGUAGUUCUACUUAGCUCAUGUGUCCUGAGGUACAAGCUGCUAUCACUAAAGGACUUUAUGUUGAAAUCAUUAUGGUGUUAAGUUCCUGGGCACUGACUUGGUCCUCCUCAACACCAGGGAGGAAGAGAUCCCUGCAAAAGCCUCAUGACUAAACUAACUAGUCCUAUAUGCACUUCGCUGUAUUCAUAGUGUUGUGUCGUGUGGCGUGGAAAUCUUAAGUGUGUAGGAGAUAGUGUCUUCUUCCAUCGUUAUGCUGUCGUACCUGUU